CAGUCACUCUUUCAGUCUCUCGUUUCCAACUUCAGUCACUCGUUCCUGCUGAGCAGGUUUCUAAUUCGCAAUGCACUUCUCUUCCUUCCUCGUCGCGGCCGUUGCCGUUCUGCCUACCGCCGUCUUCGGCCAGCUUUCGGGCAAAGUUGGACCUCUGACUACGCAUGCUGCUAAGACCAAAGUCAAGACUUGCAAUGUCUUGAACUAUGGUGGCAAGGCUGACAAGAGUACCGAUCUUGGCCCUGCUCUCUUGAAGGCCUUUGCGGCCUGCAAGACAGGUGGUACCGUUGUUGUCCCAUCUGGUAACUAUGCUAUGAAGACGUGGGCUACAUUUGAGGGCGGUAAGGCAUGGGCUUUGCAGCUUGAUGGUAUCAUCUACCGUACUGGUACCGAUGCGGGUAACAUGUUGUUCAUUCGCAACGCAAACGACUUUGAGAUGUUCAGCAGCACUGGCAAGGGUGCUAUUCAGGGUCUUGGAUACGAAGACCACAAGAACGGGAAGCGGAACGGCGCUCGCCUCUUGCGUGUUGAGAAGACCAACAACUUCUCCGUCCACGACAUAAUCCUCGUCGACGCACCCAUGUUCCACUUCGUCAUGAACACCGUCACCAACGGCGAGGCCUACAACAUGGCCAUCCGCGGCGGCGACUGGGGCGGUCUCGACGGCGUCGACAUCGUCGGCACAAACGUCUGGGUCCACGACAUCAUGGUCACAAACAAAGAUGAAUGCGUAACGGUAAAGUCGCCCUCCACCAACCUCCUCAUCGAAAACAUCUACUGCAACUGGUCCGGCGGGUGCGGCAUGGGCUCGCUCGGCGCCGACACAGCCAUCUCCAAGAUCCAAUACAAGAACAUCUACACCUGGAAAUCCAACCAGAUGAUGAUGAUCAAAGCCAAUGGCGGGUCGGGCUACCUCGAAGACGUGGUACUCGAGAACUUCAUCGGCCACGGCAACGCGUACGCAUUCAACAUCGACCAGUACUGGUCGUCGAUGAGCACGAUUGCCGGCAACGGCGUGCAGAUCAGCAAUGUGACGGCGAAGAACUGGCGCGGCACACAAGCCAACGGUGCGCAGCGCGGGCCGGUAAAGGUUGUGUGUGCGGACAAGGCGCCUUGCACCGACAUCGAUGUGAGCGACAUCCAGAUGUGGACCGAGACGGGCAGCAAGAACGUGAACUUGUGCCGCUCGGGCCAUGGCUCCGGCAUGUGCUUGAAGAGCGGCACGGCGAGCUAUGCGCAGGUCACCCAGACCGUCACCACAGCUCCUACUGCCUACUCGGCUGCCAGCAUGGCGGACAACCUGGAGACUGCUUUUGGCACGGUGAGCAGCAUCCCCAUCCCGACGCUGCCGGCGUCGUACUACCCCAACACGCCGCCUAUCAGCAAGCUUGCUGGCCAGUGAGUGCAUGUGUUGCGAUGGAAAGGUGGGGUGGGAUGGGAGAGGUCGGGGGGCUUCUUGUGUAUAUAAUUCUCGGUUGAAG